AUGCGAGCCCUUGACAAUAUCCGUGUACUCGAACUGGCCGGACUCGCUCCGGGUCCCUUUGCCGGCCUCCUCCUGGCAGACAACGGAGCAGAUGUGUUGCGAGUGGAUCGUGUCCAACCAGGGCAUACUCCAAGUCCUGAUGUCCUGAUUCGGGGCAAGUCAUCCAUCUGCGUCGAUCUCAAAAGUCCAGCGGGGACACAACUGAUUCAACGCCUCAUUUCCCACGUCGAUGUUCUUAUCGAUCCCUUCCGCCCCGGUGUUUUGGAAAAGUUGGGGCUAGGACCCGAUGUCUUACUCAAGAUCAAUCCCCGACUGAUCAUCGCAAGACUUACGGGUUUCCGACGCGAUGGCAAAUACGCGACAAUGGCCGGCCACGACCUCAAUUAUCUGGCCGUUUCGGGGGUUUUGUCGAUGCUCGGUCCUUCCGUCCGAAUUCCGCCCUUGAACCGACCUCUUCCACCUAGUCCACCGGGAAACAUCUUGGCAGACUUUGCAGGAGGUGGUCUGGUUUGCUUCAUGGGGAUUGCCUUGGCAUUAUUCGCUCGCGUCACAACCGGCAAGGGACAGGUAGUGGAAGCUAACAUGGUGGACGGUGUUUCAUAUCUCGCCACCGCACCACGUAUUUCGAGCAAAAUUCCAGGACAGUGGGAUCGGCCCCGAGGCGAGAAUUUGGUCGACGGCGGUUGCCCAUACUACAGAGUGUAUGAAUGCAAGGAUGCUGGGCAAUACAUGGCUGUCGCGUCUUUGGAGCCGAAGUUUUUCCAGGCAUUGUGUAUAGGUCUCGGUCUAAGUGAGAAGGACUGGGGAGGAGAUCGUGAGAACAGGGAAUUUUGGCCAGCCAUACAUGUUCUUUUUGAAAAGACUUUCCGCACCAAGACUCGCAAGGAAUGGGAACAAAUCUUUGAUGGGCCUGCUGUACACCGGUUUUGA